AAUGUACACAAAACGUGCUAGCCAAAAUAUGCCAACUUGAGGACCUUUAACGUCUCGGAAAUCCUUAUUAUCUUGUACGGAAUAUGACACAAUAGAUACACGUUGUUAAUGGUCAUACGGACAUGGAGAGAAAUCCAGGAGAAAACAGGACAGACAUUUCGGAGAAAUUCUUCUCGUCGAGCAGCGGGUCGGACCGUGGAUCUGUCGGGAGCAGUUGCUCUGGAUCCUCCGCCGGGGAUCACACGCAUUGCGACUCCAACAGCACGAGCGAGGAAGGUAGAUUGCGACGACUUUUCCAGACGUGCGAUAGCGAUGGAGAUGGGUUUAUAGACGGACACGAUCUCCUCGCCGUCUGUCGAGAGCUGAACAUGGAGGAAGCCGUCCAGGACAUCAUGGAGCAGCUAGGAGCUGGCGAGACGGGCCGGAUCUCCUGCCAAGAGUUCAUCAGCUGCCAGCGGAAACUCAAAGGGGAGAUCAGCUCCUUGGCCAAGCAGGACAGCGGCCUCUCGUCACAUCCGAGCCUCGGGGAGCUGGACGCCAAACUGGAGGGUCAGGGGUCAGUGGGCAUGGGCAGUGAUCCGAAUUUACCGCAGAAUUUAAACAAGUACGGGUCAUGGCCCAAUAGCGAUAACAGUCUAGCUUCCUCAGCGGCAAGAGAGAGUUGGGAGCGAGAUUCGGGGGCCAGGGACAUGAGCCCGGAGCCAGGAGCCUUCCUUCAGAAGCUAAUGGAGAGCGCCAACUCCUCGACCGGAAACUUUCUGGAAGUCGCUAACACGGAUGGUGGAAAUAAUAGGCAAGGAAAUGACUUGGAAUGGAAAUUUGAUUACUACGAGUCGACGGAGGACAUCGACUACAGACGUCGUCGCUGCAGAUGUUGCUUCACAAGACGAUCAGCAACCCUUCACAGUUGUGACAAGAAAGUCAAACUCUUCACAGAGAAAGCUGCAAAAUCUGAUUGGAUUAACGCCAAGGAGACAUCAAGGAACAAUCCGCUUAAUCAGACGGUGUAG